CCCGCAGGGGAGCGCCCCCGGCCGGGUCCCCACGAAGGCAUCCCCGUACCCCGUCCUUCAGGGGACCGCUCCGCACGGCACCGGGGAGCGGCAGCCCGUGGCACUCCGCCACACGCAGCUCUAUCUGUGGCUGGCGCGGGGCCAGCCGCUCCCGACGUGCCAUCAUCCCCACACGGCACUGCAGCUUUGGUCAUAUGAGCAGAAAUGAUGAGAAAAGCACUUUUUUAAUCUUUUCGCACUUGCUUCCCUGUUCAAACAGUUGCAGGAUGGCGAUGACUGACGUGCUCAGCGCUGAGGAUAUCAAGAAGGCUGUGGGAGCCUUUUCAGCAGCUGAAUCUUUUAACUACAAGAAGUUUUUCGAGAUGGUAGGAUUGAAAAAGAAGAGCCCGGAAGACGUGAAGAAGGUCUUCCAUAUCCUUGAUAAAGACCGGAGUGGCUUCAUCGAAGAGGAAGAGUUAAAGUUUGUACUGAAGGGGUUUACCCCAGAUGGCAGAGACCUAUCAGACAAAGAAACAAAGGCUCUUCUGGCUGCUGGAGAUAAGGACGGUGAUGGCAAAAUUGGCGCUGAUGUGUCUGUGUAGGUCUUCACACCUGAAGACCUCAUUGCUCUCAAACUGGAAGAGGCAUUUCUGAAUUACAUCCUUCCUCACUACAGGAGAUGAUAGCAGGGGAUUGUGGCCAGAGCACUAAAUCACCCAAACAGCAGGCAGUUGUUAAGUUUUCACCAUGCUGAUAAGCUACAUGGUAGGUUGAAGUGUAAACAUAUCUUAAAAAAAAAUAAUAAAAUAAAAUAAUAACCUCACAUCUCUGUUAUCUGGACUCUGAGAUCAAUAAAAAAAAAAAUGUCUCCAAAUAAAAAGCAAUUAAAAAAAGGAAUAAAAGGCAAAAUGAGGUCAUCCAACAGCCUCCUAGUUUAGAAGCUGAAGCAAUGACAUAGUGUCAUCCAUGGACGGUCAGGCGGUAUAUUAGCUGAAGCCUCUGCUUGUAGCACAAUGGCAUAUCAGUGAAUCAUAGAAUCAUAGAAUUGCUCAGGUUGGAAAGGACCUUCAAGAUCAUCAAGUCCAACCGCAACCUAUCAUCCUAUUUCUAAUCUAAAAGUUGUUAAUUUAUCAGAUGGUGACUAUAUUAUGGUUGUAGAGGAGCAAUUGUGAAGCGCUCAGGGGAAGUUCUUCCUAAACUUUAGCAGCGUUACUGAAGCUGAGGAGUAUGUCAUUAUUUAACAUUUGAUAUGCUUGAUUAUAUGGGUCCUUCCUAUUCCCAUUAAAAUGAGUGGCACUGAUCCUAAAGUCAGUGGGCUCAAUUUUCAGAAGCAACUUGAUUCAGGUAAGUAAGCUUGCAGCUGAUUGGCCAACUUCAUGUCAGACACAUUCUCAGUUAUGCAGAAGGCUGCAAAACAAAAACCAGCUCAACUGGAAUAAAAGAAGUAUAUGGCAGAGCCAUUUUGGCUAAUAUGAAAGAAUGACAUUAACAUUUUCAUGCAAGAUUGACCACAGCACCUUUCUAAAGUUGAUACAAUGCCUGAGAGUUAGUACACUAUAACGAAGCAAUAUGAAACGCUUCUUUUCUUUUUCUCCUUCUGCAAUUAUCACUCUUCCUUAACUCUGAAAUAGAAUUACUCUGAAUUUACACCAGAUAAUGAGAAUGAAGAGCUUCUUUUCCUUUCCUUCUUCUGGCCACAUCACUACUCUACAAAAUCUGUUCGUUUUUCCCUUCUUAAAUUUGAGUCUGACAGUUACACCGUGAAGGCUGGAAGAACAGGCAAAGGUAACAUCUGGGACUGUGACCAAAGGGCGAGGAUGACUGAUACCUCACGCCUUUUCCUUUGGUUCAUAAAUCCAAUUCCAGAUUAUAAGUGCUGAGAAUUAACUACCUAAAUUAAACACAGUCAUAAAUGUACAUCACAUCACAUAGCAGUUGGGCUUAAUGGAUUGUCUUUUACCACCACAGAGCUGUUUCUCUCAGCUGUUUCACCACAAACAUUAAUCUCAACCUCUUAAUCAGCCCUCUUUCCAUAACAGGUCUCAUAUUACAAAUCCUUCUCUUAGAUCUUUCAUUUAAAGCCUUCUUUCAUUUCUGCAAGACUGUUCAGCUCAGAAAUUAUUGUAUCAACUUACUGAAUUGAGAUUUGUAUUUGUGGUUGCUCAGCCCAUUUCAACUAGCUGAAAAACUGCAGCACAUUCAUGCAAGACAGUUUCCUUCUUUGAGAUGCCAAGCCCCUUUUUGCUUCACUGAUGUGAACAGAAAAUGAAGAAUUUGAAAAAAAAGUCUAGGCCAAAGCCAGGUUGGUCAUCUAAUAAAAUUACAAACAUUAGCUUUCAGAUUGGACUGUGAAGUGAUGCUGAAGUAGCACUGUCAACUUCAGGAGAAUGCUUGUAAGAAAGAGGCAGGGAAAAAAAGGAAGACUUUUGUUUUAAUUGAAGCUUUAUCGAACUUUUUGGCAGUGGACAGACACAUCAUGCUUUUCAGUUUCUUAGUACUAACAGACUUUAGAAAGUAUAUAUAUAUAUAAAGAAUUUUCAAAGAUUGUGUGCUGUAGAUGGAACAAAAUAAAAAAAAAAUAUCCCAAGUCAAAGUCUUUUACUCAAUACAGGUCAACUUCUAAAACUUCUACAAAUGUUCCAAAUACUUUCUUUAAAAGCUGCAAAAAUGAGGCACCAUGCAUUCAAAAUUACAACUGAUAUGCCAUGACCUUGCCACGACUAAAAGUUGAGAAAAAUCUUUUGGAAGCCCUUUUCU